AUGGGCAGUGAUUCCUGGGUUUCCAUUCUGCAUUCAAGUGAACCUGGAUCAAUGGAAAGAGGUUGCAUUAAAAGGCAAGUUUUGGCUUUUUCUCUCUGCCUAAAUAUUCUCUGUCUAGAAAUGUGUGCGUCUUUGCGCUAUUCAGUGGCUGAAGAAAAGAAAACUGGGUUUCUAGUAGCUAACAUGCUGAAAGACUUAAAAAUAGAUGUAAAGGAAUUAUCUGCUAGGAAAGCCAAGCUAGUUCCAAAGGGCUCUAAAGAGUAUUUUCAGCUAGAUCCUCAUUCUGGGAAUCUAAUAUUAAAGGAUACAAUUGACCGAGAGGUUCUGUGUGGCCAGAAUGACCCCUGUAUUCUAUUCUCUGAAAUUGUGCUAGAAAAUCCAUUACUGCUACAUGGAAUUGAAGUAGAAGUAGAAGAUGUGAAUGAUAACAUUCCCAAAUUCUCUAAAACUGAGUUUCUUUUUGAAAUAUCUGAGCACAUUCCAACAAAGACCAGAUUCCCUUUGGAAAGGGCUGAAGAUUUAGACAAAGGAGAAAAUGAUGUUCAGAAUUAUAUACUUGCUCCUAAUGAACACUUUAAACUAGAAGUGCAAACUUACACUGAUGGUAGCAAAUAUGCAGAACUGGUUUUAGAGAAAGCAUUAGACCGUGAGACGAUUCCUCAGAUUAUCCUAAUUCUACAAGCAGUGGAUGGAGGGAUCCCAAGGAGAACUGGUACAGUGCAAAUAAUAAUUGAUGUUUUAGAUGCAAAUGAUAAUGUUCCUCAUUUUGAACAAUCUGUGUACAAAGUGCAGCUUGUGGAAAACAGCCCACCAGGUUUAUUGGUCACAAAAGUUGCAGCCAGUGAUGGUGAUAAAGAUGCUUAUGCUCACAUUACUUACACUUUUAGCCAAGUACCAGGAAAUGUGCUCAGAUCAUUCAAGUUAAACAAUCUUACUGGAGAAAUUACUCUUGUAGGGAAAAUUGAUUAUGAAGAAAAUAGCAAGUAUGAACUGAAUAUCAAAGCCACAGAUGGAGGGGGACUGUCUGCUUACUGCAAAGUCCAGGUGGAUAUUGAGGAUGAGAAUGACAAUGUUCCAGAAAUAACCCUAUCAUCUGUCACUAAUCCCAUACCAGAAGAUUCUUCCCCAGGAAUAGUGGUGGCCCUCUUUGGUGUAAGAGAUCAAGACUCUGGAGACAAUGGCAGAACUACCUGCAAUACUGAUAAAAAACUGCCUUUUAUAUUAAAACUGACUGAGAACAAUUAUUACCAGCUUGUGACUCAACAGCCACUGGACAGAGAACAAAUGUCACAAUAUAACAUCACCAUCACAGCCACUGACCAAGGUUCUCCCAGACUCACUUCAAUGACAGUUAUUAGCAUUCAACUUUCAGACGUCAAUGAUAACCCUCCAAUGUUUGAAAGAUCUUUCUACGAUUUGCACUUGAGAGAAAACAACAUUCCAGGACUGCUCAUUGGAUCAGUCCACGCUGUGGAUGUGGACACAGAACAAAAUGCCAAACUGACGUAUUGGCUUUUGCCUGGGAAAAUCAGGGAUGUCCCCGCAUCGUCUUACAUCUCCAUCAGCUCCGAAACCGGGAACUUGUAUGCCAUCCGAUCUGUAGAUUAUGAGGAUAUACAAGAUUUCCAGGUGAUGGUGAGGGCUGUAGACAAGGGCUCGCCUCCACUGAGCUCAGAAACCAUGGUCCGAGUUCUUAUCAGAGAUGAGAAUGACAACGCCCCCUUCAUCCUCUGCCCCCUUCAGAACAGCACUUCUCCAUCAAAGGAGCUGGUUCCCAGGGGAGCAGAGACAGGCUACCUGGUCACCAAAGUGGUGGCAACGGACAGGGACUCAGGGCAGAAUUCUUGGCUUUCCUAUCAAUUGCUGAAGGCCACAGAUCCGAGUCUCUUCGCUGUUGGGACUCAGAAUGGGAAAGUGAAAACCACGAGGCCGGUGAACAUCCGAGACACUUUCAAACACACUCUUAUUGUGGCAGUUAGGGAUAACGGGCAUCCGCCUCAGUCUGUCUCUGCGACCCUAAAAAUUCUUUUAGUGGACGGCUUCUCUGAUCCAUACAUGAAAAUUAUGGAUAAUCCUAAGAGUGAAGUCCCGCAGGAGGAAGAUCAUACUCUAACCAUGUAUUUGAUUAUCUGCUUGGUUGCCAUCUCAUCCAUUUUUCUGCUUUCUGUCAUGGUGUUUAUUGCCACCAAGUUUCAGAAGCGAAGGAAAUUCAUAGGAAGUUCUCAUUCUGCAUCUAAUUUCCCCGUGGGACACAAUUUGCAAGAAAACUGUGGAGAUCGUACUUCUGACACAUAUUGCCAGGCCUACAAUUAUGAAGUAUGUUUAGCUGGUGGGUCUUUAAAUAGUGAGUUCAGAUUUCUCAGGCCAAUAUUCCCUAUUUUUUCAAUGGAUCCAAAGAAUUCAACAGACUCUCAGGCUACCAAAACUCAUGUCAAGGAAGAUGAACGGAUGUCCCAGCAUGUGGUGGAAAAACAGACUUAUACAAACUCACUGAUCCUUGUAAGUGCCAUCAUUCAAAUGGUGUCACACAACUGA